UGAUUCUGUUAAGAAAAUCAGUGAGGUGGAAAUGUCAGAAGGCUAAGAGACCCGGAACACAGAGAACAAUCGGAAAGGGUUUUUAGUGCCUUUUUGUUUUCUAACCACAAUAUUAAAUACAGUGCAGGCUCUACCUUUACAGCAUUCAGUCCUCUGCGUAAGUUUUUUUGUUUUUUUUCUUUUAAUACUGCCGAGUAGACCGGGGCCUCCCUCGCCCCAUCUUUUGGCGAGGAGGUGGCUGACAUAGGGUUUUGCUGGCAGCUUCUGUUUCAAAGGGGGAAAUGCUGUUCUGACCCUUUAUGUAACUUCUUCUGAAGCAGAAUGAUUUUGCUGAGAUGAUCCAAUCUUAACUCCAUUCCCUUAUUUGUGGUAGAUUUAGGUCUUUCUUAGGAACAUUAAACAGCAAGUUGGCAUAUUUUUGGAGAGAUUUUUGCAUCUAAUAGAGAAUAGAGAGUUUGGAAGCGUUAUAUGUUCUAUUUAUUGUAGCAGUGUGAGAUACAUACUUUGGAGGAAGUUACUCAUGGUCUUUGGGUUACUUGAGAAAGAACACUUAAUGGCCAUAGUUUGUUAUUUCCAGUACAGUUAAUGCCAUGUUUUCUUAUUUCCUAUUUUUCCAUAGAAAAAGUGGGGAAAAAUAAUUAGAUUUAAUAUAUGAAUGUUACAGAGGCUUCAAAUUUAAAAAGGCAAUUUGCCAAAAGACCUUUGGGAAACCUUGGAACAGUGCCAUAAGAUACAGCUGUGUUAUGUUUCUCUAAGCAUUGCUUUCUAUGCUAUAUGCAAACUAACUCAUAUCCUACACCGCCCCCCCAACAACCUUCCAGUCUCCCCUGCUCCCACAGUCAUAACUUUAUGUUAUGACACUAAAGUUAUGACUUCUGGGAGGCCAUAAUCUUGAAAGCAUUCGGUCUCUUCCUGUUACUUUUAAAGUUCCGGAUGUGUCUUGAUAGAAUCUAGAGUGAGAGAAAGGCUGCUGCAAACUCUUGGCUGAACACAUUCAUUGGAGGUUUUGGUCAUAGGUAGAAAUGAGGAGAUAGUUUUCUAAAUGCCUUUGCUUUUUGUGUUUAGUGGUAGUUUGUCUGAGAGUGCUUUGUUUUAGUACACUUGCAAAGGAGAAUAUUCUGCUUUUGCAUCCAAAGGUCAGAAAGCUGAUCCUUUAACCACUGAUGAUAGGAUGGAUCCCUAGCUAAAUGUUUUCAACAAAUUGGGAGAGGAAAGAAUGAAAAGGAAAAAGUACAUGAUAGUGAGUCAUGGAAGCCAUUAGCAGUUAACUUCAGUUGUACCAGCUUCAGACCAAUGGUUAGCAGUACCACAGAUGUCUGCUCUGGGGAUAAUGGCACAAGACCUUUCUUACUAGGAGCUAGGAGGUUGAACAUUUCAAGAUUUUGGUCUGUUUAUCUUUUUGGAACCUAGAUGAAGAUCAAGUGUUGGACCUGAGACUUACUGGGUGAUCAUUCCAUCGAGAUAAACUUGAAUAAGUAAAAGGAAUCUGCUAAAACUGAGAUAUGUCUAAUGUGACAGAUGACUCUCUAUGGAUGUUAGGAGGCCAUAAGCAUAGAAAAGAUCUAGUAUUUAUUGAAUACUAGGUAUAUUAUAUAUAUUUCCUUUUGACAUCAUGAUAAUCCAACAGGUAGGUGAUAUUUUAAACUAAGUUAAGGGAACAGAAGCUCAGAGAGGUUAAGUAACUACUUAAGAUAACUCAGAUAGGUGGUCACCAACCCUAAUCACCACCUCUGUCCUGCUGUGAGCCAGGCAGUACUCUAUGUUCUUUCCUAAUCUUCACUCUCUUAAUCUUCACAGUAACCCUAUGAACUAGGUACUUACAUCAUUCUCAUUUUACCAUGAGGAAAUGGAGGCAAAGAGAUAUUAAGUAACUCUCCUGGCGGUGUGGUAGAGUCUGCAGUUUGAAGAGUUUGAACCUGGGCAGUGUGACUACAGAGCUAUACCAGCUUUCUUUUGACAAUUCAAACUUUUUUAUUGCAAACUCCAACUGCUUUUGAUUCUACAUAAGAAACUAUGUCUCCAGAAGCCUCUAAAGCCUACGAGUCCAGUGAAUCUUCAGAUAGAUUCAUGACCGAAAAACAGCAAGAGGAAGCAGAAUGGGAAAGCAUAAAUGUACUGUUGAUGACACAUGGCUUAAAAGCUUUGUCCCUAGUGGGAAGAACAGAUCUAAAAGAUCUUAUCAUUUUUGACAAACAGUCAUCACAAAGGAUGAGAGAGAAUUUUAAAACGUUGGUGGAAGACACAGCACGUCAACAGAACAUGAUACGGGAGCUCAUAGAAACUAAUCAGCAGCUUAAAAAUGAGCUUCAGCUGGAACAAAGGCGAGCAGCAGAUCAGGAACAACGAGCUAAUGACUUGGAACAAAUUAUGGAGAGCGUGAAAUCCAAAAUUGGUGAACUGGAGGAUGAAUCCCUAAAUAGGGUUUGCCAGCAACAGACUAAAAUAAAAAAUCUUCAGAAGGAGCACACAGCUUUACAGGCGAAAUGCCAGCGUUACGAGAAAAAGCAAAUGGAGCAACAAGAGACUAUUGCUUCUUUGCAAAAGAAUAUCUGUAGAUUAACACAGGAGGAAGAAGAGCGCAUUGUCACUCAAAACAGAGUGUUUGCCUAUCUCUGUAAAAGAGUUCCUCAUAGUGUUUUGGAUAGACAGCUGCUUUGCCUGAUUGAUUAUUAUGAAUCUAAAAUCAGAAAAAUACAUCAACAAAGACCGUGUAAAGAAGGUAAAAGUCAGUCAGAAGAAGAAAAAGACUGCAUAAGUCUGGAUGCCUCACCAAGUUAUAAAGGCCUUCUAAUGUCAUUACAAAAUCAACUCCAGGAAUCAAAAGCCAGGAUUGAUGUACUUUUAAGUGAAAAGCUGAACCUCCAAAAAGAUUUGGAAACCAGGGCUGCCAUGACAAAAUACCACAAAGCAGGUGGCUUUAAAGAACAGAAAUAUAUUGUCUCACAGUUCUGGAGGCCCACACAGCAUGAAUUAAGACUUUAUAAACAACAAGUGAAGAACCUGGAGAAAGCCCUUAAGAAAAACAUCAAAUUACAGGAGCUUAUCAGCCAAAAAAAGGCUGAAGACCCAGAGAAGAAAGGUGAGGAAUCCAGCAAAGAUAACCAGCAACAGGCCCUAAUUGAUCACAGAUACUUUCAGGUGCUGUGUAGCAUCAAUUCAAUUAUUCAUAAUCCAAGAGCUCCAGUAGUAAUUUAUAAACAGAGCAAAGGAGGACCCCAACAUUUUAAUAAAGAUUUUGUUCAAGAUUGUGCAUUUGAGCAUCUUGUUCCUAUAAUAGCAAUGUGGGCAGAUCAACUGACAUCCCUGAAGGAUUUGUAUAAGUCCUUGAAAAUACUAUCUGCAGAACUGGUACCUUGGCAUAAUUUAAAAAAGCAAGAUGAAAAUGAAAGUAUCAAAGUUGAAGAUCUUUUGUUUAUAGUAGAUACCAUGUUAGAAGAAGUUGAAAAUAAAAACAAGGACAAUAAUGUGCCAAACUUUCAAACUUUACAAGCUGUUGUUUCUCACUUCCAAAAAUUGUUCGAUGUGCCUUCUUUGAAUGGAGUCUAUCCUCGAAUGAAUGAAGUUUAUACCAGGCUUGGAGAAAUGACCAAUGCUGUGAGAAACCUCCAAGAACUCUUAGAAUUAGAUAGUUCUACUUCAUUGUAUGUGCUGGUAAGCACAGUUGGAAAAUUGUGUAGGUUGAUUAUUGACGGUGUGAAUGAACAGGUUAAGCAGUUAUUGGGACCUGAAGAACUCCAAAGCAUUAUCAACAAAUUGGAAGAACAUGAGGAAUUUUUCCCAGCAUUUCAGGCAUUUACUAAUGAUCUACUUGAAAUCUUAGAAAUUGAUGACGUGGAUGCCAUUGUACCUGCGUCUAGCCUUGCAGCAUCCCCCUCCAGCGCCCUCUAUUGGCAAAGCCUAACAUCAAGCCAACUGGCAAAGAAGACAAGUCUGCAGUGGCUCCAGCAUCACAAAGCAGGGCAAAGAAGGGGAGAUUUGGAGCCGAGAGGUAAUGAAUUAGUAACUGACUCACACACUUAGUUUUACAUUUUUCUAAUAAAUUAUAAAUAUCUUUAGCUUCCUAAACAAGAUAAAACUUGAAUACUUUUUUUU